CAGAGGUUUCUCUUACAAACGCAAAAACCUCUCACUUUCUCUCUCUGCAUUUGCUCCUGAUCAUAACUAAGAUCUUCUCGAAAUGGCUUUAGGAUCAGCUCCGGCGAGAGGAAGUGCAGCAGCAACAGCUAAUUUGAGGAGGAGAAGAACAACAGCCGGAGGGGGUGGAGCAAAUGGAGGUGGUGCAGGUGGAACAAUGCUACAAUUCUAUACAGAUGAUGCACCAGGAUUGAAGAUAUCUCCAAAUGUUGUUAUGGCUAUGAGCAUUGGUUUCAUAGCUUUUGUGGCUGUUCUUCAUGUUAUGGGUAAGCUUUACUUUGCUCGCAGAGAAGCAUAAAUGAAGAAGAUGAAGAAUAAGGAUAUGAAACAACUUCAUUACUGAACUGUUUUGAAUGCAUGAAGUUAGAUCAUAG